GCUGCAUUUCAAACAAAAAAAGGAAGGUAAUUAAUAAAAAAUUGGUAAAAUACGAUAAUUGAAUCUGUCAAAAGGUAAAUUCUUAUCAAUUCCUUAAAUACCGCAACAUACCUAAUCUUUGUUUUUAAAAUACAAAUAUCACGGUUUCUUCAUUCACAGCGAUUACAAUUUCCACAGGAAGACAUAUAUCAAUUACAGUAGACCAUCUAAAAUCGUGUUCUGUUUUUCUUUAAGGUAACACUUUCAUUCAUCUUAUCAUUCCUUCUACUGUUUUUUUUAUCACUUUCUUUGUGUAUAUAUCUGUUUUUUUUAAUCAGUUUGAAGGCUUCAUAAUCAUAAUAUGAACCAAAGUAUGAAACUGUUACGGUAUAUAAGUAUUCAGUUAAGUAAACAUCAAUCGUUUUUUUAAAUGUAUAUGUUUCAUUCGUAACUCUUUCAUUCAACCGUGGUUUCUCUUUAAGGUAACUCUUUCAUUUAUCUGAUCAUUCAAACUACUGUUGUUUUUAUCACUUUCUUUGUGUAUAUAUCUGUUUUUUUUUAAUAAGUUUGAAGGCUUCAUAAUCGUAAUAUGAACCAAAGUACCAGUCUCGUGUAUUUAACCAAAAUUUUUCUAGAUUUGGUCAUCUGUUAAAGGAAGAUCAAAGUUACAUCAUUUUAAAACCCAGUAUGGCUGCUGUGAAGAAUGGGUUCAGUGUUACCGGUCAAAGACAAACCAUUACUUUGGAUUGGAGAACUAUUAUAAAAAGAUGUGACGAUUUUUCAGGUCCAAUUAAUGGUUUUCUGUUUGUUGAAUUUAAUUCUAUCGUGGAACAAACUUGCCCAAGACAAUCAUUUUUUGAUGUUAUUGGACAAAUUGUGUCAUUUCGUCCCCUUGAAGCAUCCGAUCCUAACACACAAAGGCAUUACAUGAAGAUUACACUAACUAAUUUAGAGAGUGUACACUUGCAGGUCACUAUAUUUGGAAGUCAAGCACACCAAUUGUCACAGUACUUGAAAAGUAACCCCACGGUUACUUGUGUUGUUAUAGUGAUGCAGUUUGUUAAACUGAACAUUUGGGAUGGAAUAGGUCAGGCAAAAAGUCAUUAUGAUGUAACAAAAAUGUUCAUUAAUUCUGAAAUCGAUGAGAUUAAUGACUUCAAAAAAGAAUUGAAAGUUAAUGUUAAUGGAGGUACGCCGGAAAAAAGCAUAACUACGCUGCCAAGUUACGCUUCUUCAUACAUAGAUGAUUUUAAAGGGGAUUUCCCUUUAAAAACCAUUUCGGAGAUCACAGAACCACUCAAACCAAUGAAAUUUGUAUUAGUUGGUAAGAUUGUCAAUAUAAGACAGAAUCUACGUUGGUGUUAUGGAGCGUGCUACAAAUGUGGGAAAAAGAUAAACAAAGUGCCCAAACCAAAUCUGUCUUAUACUGCCCCCGACAAUAUCUCAGAAACUGUUGAAAUUCAGUGUUUAGAUCCAGUUUGCAAUGACGAGAAUUUUCAUGUUGUUUUAAAGUAAACACAUAUUUAUAUAUUCCAUAUGAAAUUUUAUGUUUUUUUAAAUUUAGGAUGUCAUAUCACAGACAGAUGAGAGUUUUACUCCAUCAACAGUUGAUAAAUCAUCUGCAAUCAGUCCGUUGAAAAUAUCAACUGAUUUGAAGCGAAACCUCCAUGACAUUUAUGACGUUGAUUGUGGAGGUGAUAUGAGUUCCACAAAAACUAAAAGAAAAUCAAUUGGAGAGGGAAAUACACUUUUAGUUCCUAAAUUGGAAAAGUGAGUUCUUUUAUGUUUUCAGGAAGAAAUUAGAAUUUUUGAGAUGGUUUUCUUUGCUGUUAAAAGUUGUUUUACUUAUUUGGUACAAUGAUUGGUUAAAAUAAGUUUUUUAUGGGACAAAUUUCUUGACAAUGGUUCAAUUACAUUUAUUUCAUUUUGGUUUCCUUUUUUUGAUUACUACUAUCAUCAUUUGAAUGUAUUUUUUGGAUGAUUUCAAAGACAUAUUAUUAUACCUAUGUUGCUUAAAUGUCAUGCUCAAUGUCUUUUUAUGUAACCGGUUUAUUGUAACUAAUUGUACAUGUUCGCCUAUGUUGUACAUGUUUUUCUAUGUUACAUAUUCUUUAAAUCCAUUCUAUACAAACACUUUUUUAUGGGACAAAUUUUAAGAUAAUUGUUCUUUAAAAUUAAUAAAUUUAUGUUUUUCUUUUUUUGGAUGAUUUCAAUGACAUAUUAUUAUAACUAUGUUGAUUAAAUGUCAG